UCAAGCACUCUCCCCAUUUGCGUUGCGUGUUUUUUGGCGACUUCAACUCUUUUCCCCUAUAUUUGAAUAUUUCGCACGUGAGCGUCGCUCAAGGUGCUGCCUCGCCGCGCUAUCCAGGCCCCAGGCCUUUGCCUCCGUCUAUAGGAAACCCUGUUAUCCCCGGGCAUCAUGCUACAAAUACCGUCGUGCUUGACAGAGUCGCUCCUCCGCUAAGAUCACCGAAAAAGGCUUCCACUCUGCCUCCUACAGCUCUCAAUGGCCACAGUCUCGAUCCUCUGCUGAGCUCAAUGCAAAAGGGACCGGUUCCUCCGUCUAGAGGAAACCCUGUUACCUGGAUACCCGGGCCACCUGAUAGGAAAACCGGUAACGGAGUCGCUUCUUCACUAGAGUCACCGAGAAAAGCUUCCGAUGGUCACCCAAUUGCACCGUCUCUAGGCAACCCUGUUAUCCCCGGGCAUCAUGCUACAAAUACCGUCGUGCUUGACAGAGUCGCUCCUCCGCUAAGAUCACCGAAAAAGGCUUCCACCCUGCCUCCUACAGGUCCCAAUGGCCACAGUCUCGAUCCUCUGCUGAGCUCAAUGCAAAAGGGACCGGUUCCUCCGUCUAGAGGAAACCCUGUUACCUGGAUACCCGGGCCACCUGAUAGGAAAACCGGUAAUGGAGUCGCUUCUUCACUAGAGUCACCGAGAAAAGCUUCGGAUGGUCACCCAAUUGCUCCUUCAAGCACAGAUCCUUAGUCUACGGUUUGGUCAUGUGAAGGGAACGCAAAACUGCCCUCUUGUUCUCUAUUGCUCCUUCGAUGGCUUGUAAGUCCUUUUUGUUUUGGUGAACUCUCAAAAAAUUUUGAUCGUUGCUGAUGUUUGUUGAACAAAUGGGAUCUGGAGAGCAUUUCUGGUUUUUAGUUUUUGUUAGCUGCUGGUUGUAGGCUUUGAUCCCGAUGUACGUGCUGUAUUGUUUUCAACAAAAGUGUUUUCAUUUAUCAGAAAGAAAAUAGUUUUUGGCGUCA